ACAUCUGAGAAAGAACGUGUUGUUUGUGAAAGUCCAUCGAUGAUUUAUUCGAAUUUCAGCGCUGCGUUGAUUUAUUUUGAAGGCACAAUAGAUUAACUUCCGGUACUCGUACUUUAUACACACCGGCUUGUUUGAAACCGCUGAAUGGUCCGUUUGGUUUAGUGCGAUGAGCCUACGCAGCCAACAGGGGCUGCUCCUGCAGAGCAGCGGUGUUCGUCGGGAUAUGUAGUACUUAUAGUACGUACAGUCAACCGAAGUUUGUCUACCGACGUCAGCAGGUGGACUCGUUUCCCAUCAGGCUUUGUUUAUUUGCUUAUGUGGAGCACGGAAAUCUCUGUGCCGGCGGUUUCGCUGUCGUAGAAGUCGGGCUGACGACCGCUCUGUGGCAGUCGCUAUGUGUGUAUCUGCUGCCACCUGUCGGAAAAAAACAUGAAUUAACAUAAUUAUUUCAGGUAAAUGUGUCGCAUAAAACCACAUACCAAAUUUCACACAUUUCUUCACGAGGACCACACACGAAAGGGUCCUAUUUACAUAUUUGUCUCUCAGUUUAUGUCCACAACAUGAGACGGAUGUUCUUAAGUUGAUACAAAUAUUUAUAAUAAUUUGCCUGAAUUAGUGCUUAUUUGAAUUCUACUGUAUUUCUCAUGUUUCAAAAUGUGUGCUAGCUUGCCUGACACUUAAUGUUUGUUUUUUUUUACAGCAACAACCACAGGUGCACCUGAGAACAUUAAUAAUGGCUGUUAGGAUUUGAUUGGCAUGUUUCAGUGCACCCUCAGUGUGUAUGCACUUAUGGAACAAAGACAUUAGUGUUAUCAGCUGCACCUGUGCUUUCUUUCCUCCUGUGGCGGGUCAACAUCACUGUGGAAAACAGGCCCGAGGCGGAACAUAUGUCUGAACAAAGGCUGGAGAGAGAGAGAGAGAGACGACGUCAGAGCUGCGGAGGUUGAUGUCAGAAAUGUUGGCAACUGCAGCUACGAACCUUUUGUGUCCUGAGAUGGAGGAUACAAUCUCCUUGUCUCACCUACUGCAGGCUCUGCUAUGACUGUGGAUGACCACCAGACGGUUCCUAUGGUACAUGGAAACACAAGUGGGGGAGCUCUGAUGGAAUUCUUCAGAGCGCCCAGGGCGAAGUACACAAUAGUGGGAGAAGCUAUACGCCAUGUUAUCCCUGGGCAUAUGCAAUGCUCGAUCGGGUGUGGAGGUCAAGCCUGCAAGUAUGACAACCCAAGUUUCUGGAGUGAAGCCCAACAGGCUGUAAAAGGCCUUUACUCAUCCUGGGUUACUGAUCAUCUUCUCGCUAUGUCCAGACCCUCUACAGAAAUCAUUGUGAAGUAUAACAUCAUUGAUCAAUUCAGAAGGAAUGGUAUCAAAACAGUGAUCAACCUACAGAUACCUGGUGAACAUGCCAGCUGUGGAAACCCUCUGGAGCCAGAGAGUGGCUUCUCUUAUCGCCCAGAGGUCUUCAUGGAAAACAACAUUUAUUUCUAUAAUUUUGGAUGGAGUGACUAUGGAGUGGCCAACCUCACCACUGUUCUGGACAUGAUGAAGGUCAUGGCCUUCGCACUGCAGGAGGGAAAGAUAGCCGUCCACUGUCAUGCUGGUCUCGGAAGGACAGGUGUGCUGUUAGCAUGUUUCCUGGCCUAUGCUACCAGGAUGACUGCUAACCAGGCUAUUUUAUAUGUACGAGCCAAGCGCCCCAAUUCCAUCCAGACCAGAGGACAGCUGCGUUGUGUCAGAGAGUUUGUCCAAUUCCUUGCACCUUUGAGGAGUGUGUUUUCCUGUGCUGCACCUCGAUACAACCCAGUCACCCUGUCCCAGUACCUGAACCGCCAGAGACACAUACUGCAUGGCUGUGAGAGGAAGGAGUUGAAGCACCUACCAAAGAUUGUCCAGCUGGUAUCUCGGCUGCUGUUGGACAUUGCAGAGAAUCGACAGGUGAUUGAGGAAGACAUUCUGGAGGCCCCUGAUAUUGAUGACAUCGAGACGUCUCUAAGCAUCAUUGAGCAGAUGGGCCCUGAAGCAUUUGCUAAGGAGCCCCGUUUACCAGGUACACCCACCUUACCCAGACAUUUCAACGAGCCACCUAUCUUCUACCAUCGAAAAAGUCUGAGCUACAGUGAGUCUGACCUGAGGCGUCUGGGCUCACAGCUCAACCUCCUCACACAGCCUCUCACCUCCCUAUCACAUAAUAACAUUAAAAUGACUGCCUCCCCAUCUGAGCCUAAUAACUCAUCUGAGAUCUCACACAGCUCAACAGGCUCACUCUGGCAAGUCAAGGAUGUAGAAAACCAAAAAGGUGGAUCCCUUCUGCUGCAAAAAGUGAAGCAGAAAACCAUCCAACGCAGUGAGUCUGUUGGACACAGUGAAAUUCCAAAAAAGGGGAGCAUGUUGUCCAGGUGGAAGGCAGAGCAGAGGGAAGAGUUAGCAAUGAAUGGGAGGAAGCAUCAAGGUUUCAAAGAGGACCAAUCAAAUAAGUCCGACGUGCCCUUCAUCACACUGCAGUCUGAGUUGUCCCUGGAUGCCCGGAGGUUACUCGUAGCACAGGCCCUGGCCGUGGACCUAUUUCUUGAUGGGGAACAAGAUCACAAGAACAGAGUCUUGGCCUGGCAGGCAGAACUGAACCAAGGCGGUGGCUGGGAGAGGCUGUGCAUGGAGCGGGAUCCGUUCAUCCUCACUGGGCUCAUGUGGGCCUGGCUGGAGCAGCUCAAAGAGCCGGUCAUCUCCACCCAGGAGGCUAAAGCCCUGAACCCCUACAACACCGAUGCACAAACUGUCCUCAACACACUUGACCCGGCCCCUAAACAAACCCUUGAGUGCAUACUUGACUGCAUGGCUCAUAUGCAGGUGAUUCCAGAAGAGGUUGAAGAUGCAUUCUUGAAACGUACCAUCAAGGCUUUCACCUGGAUGGAAAAUAACUCAGAAGAAGAAAGCCAAGUGUAUGAGUCCAUGACUACGGUCCUGCGAUGUGUCCUGGAGGACAUGAGGUUAAUGUACUUUGGAGACAAUGAGACACCUUAGCCUCCUUUUUUAAACAUAUGUACCUCAAUGUGGCCGCAUGAAAGAGAAAACAAAUUGUGCCUUGUAAGAAAAUUAUUUAAUAUAUUAAAAAAAACAAAUCUUUUGAAAAUGUGGGCUGAAUACAAACAUUUAUAGAGUGAAGAUUGUUGUGACUAACACGCCUCAGUGUUUCUAUCCUCAGUAGUGAGUAU